CAAAUUUUCAAAGUGGAACUUUCGUACAUUUGAAACGUACUUUCGAAAUACACAGAUAGUUUCAUUAACAAGCCAUCUCAUGUCUUCUCACGUAAUCAGAGAAGAUUAUGUUUGUUCCUAUGAUCGAGCAAUAACAACAAAUGACACAGUAAGUUAUCAACGUUGUGAAUUAAACAGCUCAUCAACAAACGAAAUAAUAAAUCAAGAGACCGCGAAUCGUGAAAAACAGGAAGUGGUAGGUUCACCAGACGAUAAAUUUUUGGCACGUUCACUAGUAAAUGACGUUACUCAAGAUGCAUUCAAAGCGGAACUUAGGAAAGACAAUAAAAUACUUCAUUUAAGCAAUGAUCAGAAUAAAAUUGAAUUAAAUUUAGCAGAAGAUGAAACAUAUGACUCUGAUGACUCUAAUGCAUAUGUGAGAAGACGUGUGGCAGAACUCAACUUGGAAUUAUCGAAGGAAAAAGAAUAUUUUGCUGAUAACUAUGAAAAAAAGACAGGACGUGUAAAUUUUCAUCCACAACUUUUUUAUUCACGGAUAAUAUGCCAGAAUAGUUGUGAAGAUUUAAAUGAUUUCAGCGAAGACGAAAUAAACGAGUUGAAGAAAUUAAGUCAUAAUGAUGAUGAUGAUACAAUGAAUAAGUCAAUUAUGAACGCAAAUCCAAAAUAUUCCCAACAGCGGACGUCUGUUAUACCAGGACCUGUUAAUAUCAGUGAAAAUAACUUAGGCGGAUAUGAGUCUCUCAUCUCAAAAGAAAGUAAUGUAGAAGAGGCCGACAAAAAUUUUAUUGACAAUACAAAUGUUACACAUACAGACGAAGUAACAAGGACGAAGAAGUACCGAAAAACUUCAAUCAACGAGCGAGAUAACGAUAUUACUAAAAUAAUAACUAAGCAUUUUCAAAAUAAAAAUGAUAAGCCGUUCACCGAGAAAGCGAAGGAAAAUUCUAUCCAAGUGUGGCACCGACUUAAAUAUCAGGAAUACAUGGAAGUUAAGGUGGAGGAGAGGGAAAAACACAAAAGAGAACAUAUUCGAAAAAAAGAAAUUGCAGAUAAAAAAUCACGUGAUCAGAAAUUAUCAAACUGGUUAAGAGCAAAAGUUUUACAAAGAAAAAGUGAAGAGGAAAUGAGACGAUAUGAAAAUGAAGAACAACAACAUCUGAAUGUUGUGCAUUCCAGAGAGGCAUGUGAGCAAGCAUUUAAACAGUGGCUGAAGAGAAAAAAUCGCGAGGCGAAAGAACAAAAACGGAGGGCGAAAGAGCGGAUGAAAAUCACACGACAGUUAAUGAGAGGUAAUCAUGAUUGGCAACAGUUCAUGAAAAACAUCCGAAAAUUCGACGUAUUUAAGAUCCUACUUUGA